UGUUGUCUCUGCUGAAGCACACUGUCGCGCCAUUGGAUAAAAUAUUGGAAUACUUCGAAGAACUACUCUCUUGCCGAUUCCCCUAUCCUACCUACAAGCAAGUAUUCGUAGAUAUGAUCCCUGAUGAUGUGACGUCUUACAGUAGCAUGACUCUUUUUUCGAUAAGUACUCUCCAUCACAAGAAGAUCAUCGAUGUAGUACAGGAAUGCAGGCAAACUCUUGCUUUGGGUGUCUCGCAACAGUUUUUUGGUUGCUUCAUAUCACCCGCCCAUUUCUUGGAUUCUUGGCUUGUGCGAUCAUUAUCCAGGCAGGUGUUGCAUAAAAUCCUUUCUGUUGGACAACAAAUGGCCGAGCGACGUGAUAGACCAGCUACUUGGACCCAUCUUGUAAUUUCCACUGAGACUUUCUUCAGAACGGUGACAAACGUUACUGGACAAGAAAUCCCUACUUUUAUGGAACAAUGGAUUUAUAAUGGAGGACAUGCCUCUUUUCGUGUGCAAUAUGUCUUCAACCGUAAACGUAAUAUGAUUGAGCUAGAAGUGAAGCAAAAAGUUGAACCUGGAAAUGGUCGAUUGAGAUACGUCGGUCCGUUGACGGUUUUGGUGCAAGAACUGGAUGGUUCGUUUUCACAUACUGUCCAAAUUGACGGCGAUAUUUCACGAGCUGAUCUUCAGUGCCAUUCUAAAGGUCGUCGGUAG